AGAUCAGGGACAUCCUGAGGUCUGGCUGGAGCCCAGUCCUGCUGACCUCCACCCCGCCCCCCAGCUCUGUCAUCUGGUCAUCAUGUCCUCAGAAGUUGUCAGGUCUACUCUGUCACCUCUGUCAGCUGCCUGGGGACUCCCGGCAAAGGGAGCCAUCACCUGCCCUGGGCCUUCAGACACUGGCUGUGCCAGCUCCCCAUGACCCUGUGCCUGCUUGCUGGUCACAAGCUGUCACCGUGCAGGGUGACAGGUGCAUGGCAAGGGGUCGGGGUCAUGCUACAAUUGCAUCUGUGAGGUUUUUUUGUCCAGAUGCCAUUGUUCCUCCAGCAAACUGAAGCAGCCGGACCUCACCCCCAGACGGGAUCUGCAGUCAGGCUGUACUGCAUCGGCCUGGAGACCCUGAAGGUCGGCUGCUUGCCUCUUCCUUCAGACCAGGAGUCCAAGGAAGCAAGUGUAUACUUCCAUCAGGCUGGGAACCAAGGGUGGGGUCCUGAUGCCUCCCUCCAGCUGGGAGCCUCCUACAGCACCCUCCCGACUGGAGGCCUCCCAAGGCAGGCCUCAGCUGCCACCAGACCCGUUAGGCAAGGCCUGUCUCCAGAGUGCUUUGGUCCCUACACAUACAUGCCUGGGUUGUUGGUUUUGAGUGGGUCUCAUUAUGAAGCCUAAAGAUCUGGCUGCCAGGCGGGCGGUGGUGGUGCAUGCCUUUAAUCCCAGCACUUGGGAGGCAGAGGCAGGAGGACUUCUGAGUUCGAGGCCAGCCUGGUCUACAGAGUGAGUUCCAGGACAGCCAGGGCUACACAGAGAAACCUUGUCUCGAGAAACCAAAAAAAAAAAAAAAAAUCUUGCUGCCAGCUUUAAAGGCCUGCUAUGGCCAAAGCACAUCCCCUCUGCCCCUCGCUGUGGCACCCUUCCCCUCCCAGAUUUGAGGCCAGGGAUUUUUACCCUGCUGUUUCCUGAGGCUCCACUGAUGUGUGCCUCAGGAUGGAGCAUUCACACAGCCCUGAACAAGAACGGGGUUCCAUCCCAUGUCACCGACUCCACGGCAGACUCUCCAGAGCAGGCAGAGGCACCUGAGGCAGGUUCACGGGGACAGGCAGAGGCACCAGGAGGCGGGAUGCUCGGGAGCUACAGGGUAGCAGGUCACAGGGCCCUCGUGACAGGCUGGACAGCACUCAGGCCGUGUUUCCCUGUGGCUUUGUUUGGGUUUAAGGUGCUGGGGCAAGCGCUACCCUCUCAGCUGCCCCAGCCCUUGGGUUGUAUUUCUAAUAGGAGCAGCGGUUGGUGGAGCAUGUAAGUUACAAUCCAGAAUCAUCUUCCAAGUCAUCCAGAAGGGAUUCCCAGGAUAGUGCCCAUGAUCCUCCUUCCCCCAUCACAAGAGUUUACAGCUCUGGCUUUUUCUGUUCUUGCGCGUGCGCGCGCGCGCGCGCACACACACACACACACACACACACGUGCGUUCACCCUUGGAGGCUCUUGAGUCGAGAGAAAGUCAAGCGCCGUUUGGUUCCGCCUCAGGCUCCCUGAUUGCUAUUCCUGCCAAGUACAGUUCGCAGUCUUCAUGCGAGGAAGUGCUUGACUACACCAACACACACACACACUCGGAAUCUGGUGGCCUCUGGGGACACUGCCUGACAGAGAUAUGAAUGGGUGGUCCAGAGGACUCGGCCUAUUCCUGAUGGCGCGCUGGCUCUAGGCCUCAGUUUCUUCGCCUGGAGAGCAGAGCUCUCAGGGGACUAGAGGCUGACCGCUUAUUCUGUGAGCAGCCAGUACCGUCCUUUCCAGGUACAAAUGGACAGAUGGGCGGCUUGAGUAUUGCUCCACACACAAAGCCUUUCUAUGCCUCAGUUUCCCCAACCUCUCAGUCCGGUAGGGCGCUUGCCUAGCACUCACGAAGCCUGAACUGUCAUCCCUAAAUAAUACAUUCUUUUCUAUAAGUGAGUUGGAGGCCAGCCUGGGCUACAUGAGAUCUUAGCAGUAACUCUUCUGUCAACGCCUCUGGCACCGCUGGCCAGUGGGGGAGACUAAGGUACACACACGGCUGACCAUGGCUUUCGGGUGGAUCACUCUGGCUGACCACUGCCCGCUCUUUCUCUCCCGGGGGUUCGACCUCCCGGCUCCAUCUCCAGCCCUUGAGGUCUGAGCCCACCUCCCUCCCUCCGCUCGCUCGCGAACCCGCAGCUGCUGACGCCUCCCGCCCCUCCCCCUCGCCCGCCCGGCACAAAGCGAAGGACGACGGACGCAGCGGUGACGGACGACGCCUCCCGCCCCUCGCCACCUCCAGCCGCGACCCUGCGCGAUGCUCGCGCCUCUCGCCCAAUCCCUGCCCGGUCCUGGUCCCAAGGGCGACUCGGUCCCCGCGCCGGUGGCCUCGUCCUCCAGGACCCUCCAGGGUCCGGGUCCUGCAGUCUCCACCCCGGAGCCACGGAAGGUCUGAGGUCUGCAGGACGAGCUGCAGAGCUUGGCAUGGAGGCCCUUGUUUGACACCAGCAUAUUUUGGGGGCACCAAUGGCCAAGUGGCUCCGAGACUAUCUGAACUUGGGCAGCCGGAGGCCCCCUCCGCAGCCGCCCACCCCCGACUACACCGAGAGCGACAUCCUGAGGGCCUACCGCGAACAGAAGGACCUGGACUUCGAGGACCCCUAUGAGGAUUCCAAUGGCCGCCCCGAGUCAGAGAACACCGGGUCCGGCGACCCCAAGUACAACUCUCCCAGGCACCGGCUGAUCAAGGUAGAGGCUGCGGACAUGGCCAGAGCCAAGGCCCUGCUGGGCAGCCCUGAAGAACAGCCAGAAGCAGACGCUGAGUACUCAGACCCCUUUGAUGCCCAGCCUCAGACAGCGGCCCCCAACAAUGGGUAUAUGGAGCCCUAUGAUGCCCGGAGCGUCUCCAGUGAGCAGCCAGGCAGAGCUGUGCAGCUCUACGACACUCCGUAUGAGGAGCAGGAUACAAAUCCAGAAGACGCAGGGUCUUCAGGCCAGAGCCGGAGGCCCCCGGAGGAUGAGAGGCCUGCAGAUGAAUACGACCAGCCCUGGGAGUGGAAGAAAGAUCACAUCUCCAGGGCGUUCGCAGUGCAGUUUGAAGGUCCUGACUGGGAACGGAUGCCAUGCCCCACCAAGGAGUCCUGGAGACCACAGCCUGCAGAGCGUGUGGACACCGCCCUGGCCCUGGAGAAGCAGCCGUGGUUUCACGGCCCCCUGAGCCGAGCCGAGGCUGAGAACCUUCUGUCCCUCUGCAAGGAAGGCAGCUACCUCGUGCGGCUCAGCGAGACCAGGGCUCAGGACUGCAUUCUGUCCCUCAGAAGCAACCAGGGUUCCAUGCACCUGAAAUUCGCGAGGACCCGGGAGAACCAGGUGGUCCUAGGACAGCACAGUGGGCCCUUCCCCAGCGUGCCCGAGCUGGUCCUGCAUUACAGUGCCCGCCCACUGCCUGUGCAAGGGGCAGAGCACCUGGCCCUGCUCUAUCCUGUCACCAGCAGCCAGAGCUCUCAAGGACCCUGCACAUUGGCUGCUAGACCAGAGAGGGGACAGGGGGACCCAUGAUGCUCAGACUUCCUCCAAGCCACCUUUAAUGCCAUCUGGUGGGGUGCUCCGGAUCAGGACCUGGGAACAUGCUCGGCAGCGGGUGAAGAAAGGCUCUGCCAGGCCUGCUGCGUUCAGCCCUGGGAACCACAUGGUGGCAGCAGAGAGCUGUAAGUUGUUCUCUGAUUUACGAACAAGUAC